CUGGAAGCACUGCCCCCAGCUCCAUGAAUGGAAAUCGGCUCCGCAGUUGUGCCCAAAUAAAUGGCAACAUCUUGGAAGAUACUUGUGCCAUCAAACCACCUACUUAACUGGGGCAACUAGCUAAGACCCGUUGGGGCCCAGCCCCUACUCAUGGUGCCCAGAAGACCUGGCUAUGGCACCAUGGGAAAACCCAUUAAAUUGCUGGCUAACUGUUUUCAAGUUGAAAUCCCAAAGAUUGAUGUCUACCUCUAUGAGGUAGAUAUUAAACCAGACAAGUGUCCUAGGAGAGUGAACAGGGAGGUGGUUGACUCAAUGGUUCAGCAUUUUAAAGUAACUAUAUUUGGAGACCGUAGACCAGUUUAUGAUGGAAAAAGAAGCCUUUAUACAGCCAAUCCACUUCCUGUGGCAACCACUGGGGUAGAUUUAGAUGUCACAUUACCUGGGGAAGGUGGAAAAGAUCGACCUUUCAAGGUGUCAAUCAAAUUUGUUUCUCGGGUGAGUUGGCACCUACUGCAUGAAGUACUGACAGGACGGACCUUGCCUGAGCCACUGGAAUUAGACAAGCCAAUCAGCACUAACCCUGUCCAUGCCGUUGAUGUGGUGCUACGUCAUCUGCCCUCCAUGAAAUAUACGCCUGUGGGGCGCUCCUUUUUCUCAGCUCCAGAAGGAUAUGACCACCCUCUAGGAGGGGGCAGGGAAGUAUGGUUUGGAUUCCAUCAGUCUGUUCGGCCUGCCAUGUGGAAAAUGAUGCUGAAUAUUGAUGUUUCUGCCACUGCCUUCUACAAAGCACAACCUGUAAUUCAGUUCAUGUGUGAAGUUCUUGACAUUCAUAAUAUUGAUGAACAACCAAGACCUCUGACUGAUUCUCAUCGGGUAAAAUUCACCAAAGAGAUAAAAGGUCUGAAGGUUGAAGUGACUCAUUGUGGAACAAUGAGGCGGAAAUACCGUGUUUGUAAUGUAACAAGAAGGCCUGCCAGUCAUCAAACCUUUCCUUUACAGUUAGAAAAUGGCCAAACUGUGGAAAGAACUGUAGCGCAGUACUUCAGAGAAAAGUAUACUCUUCAGCUGAAGUACCCACACCUUCCCUGUCUGCAAGUGGGGCAGGAGCAGAAGCAUACUUACCUGCCCCUAGAAGUCUGUAAUAUUGUGGCAGGGCAACGGUGUAUCAAAAAGCUAACAGACAAUCAGACUUCCACUAUGAUCAAGGCUACAGCAAGAUCUGCACCAGAUAGACAAGAGGAAAUUAGCCGAUUGGUAAGAAGUGCAAAUUAUGAGACAGAUCCAUUUGUUCAGGAGUUUCAGUUUAAAGUUCGGGAUGAGAUGGCACAUGUAACUGGACGCGUACUGCCAGCACCUAUGCUCCAGUACGGAGGACGGAAUCGAACAGUAGCAACACCAAGCCAUGGAGUAUGGGACAUGCGAGGAAAACAAUUCCACACAGGAGUUGAAAUAAAAAUGUGGGCAAUUGCCUGUUUUGCCACACAGAGGCAGUGCAGAGAAGAAAUACUGAAGGGGUUCACAGACCAGCUGCGGAAGAUUUCCAAGGAUGCAGGGAUGCCUAUCCAGGGUCAGCCUUGCUUCUGCAAAUACGCACAGGGGGCAGACAGCGUGGAGCCCAUGUUCCGGCAUCUCAAGAACACCUACUCAGGGCUGCAGCUCAUUAUCGUCAUCCUGCCAGGGAAGACACCGGUGUAUGCGGAGGUGAAACGUGUGGGAGACACCCUUUUGGGUAUGGCUACACAGUGUGUUCAAGUCAAGAAUGUAAUAAAAACAUCUCCUCAAACUCUCUCAAACUUGUGCCUGAAGAUAAAUGUUAAACUCGGAGGGAUCAAUAAUAUUCUUGUACCUCAUCAAAGACCUUCUGUGUUCCAGCAACCAGUGAUCUUUUUGGGAGCAGAUGUCACGCAUCCACCUGCUGGUGAUGGGAAGAAGCCUUCGAUUGCUGCUGUUGUAGGUAGUAUGGACGCCCACCCAAGCAGAUACUGUGCCACAGUUCGAGUUCAGAGACCCCGACAGGAGAUUAUUCAGGAUUUAGCUUCCAUGGUCCGGGAACUUCUCAUUCAGUUUUAUAAGUCAACUCGGUUCAAACCUACUCGUAUCAUCUUUUAUCGGGAUGGUGUUUCAGAGGGACAAUUUAGACAGGUUUUAUAUUAUGAAUUAUUAGCAAUUCGAGAAGCCUGCAUCAGUUUGGAGAAAGACUAUCAACCUGGAAUAACCUACAUUGUAGUUCAGAAGAGACAUCACACUCGAUUAUUUUGUGCCGAUAGGACGGAAAGGGUUGGCAGAAGUGGCAAUAUCCCAGCUGGAACAACAGUUGAUACAGACAUUACACACCCAUAUGAGUUUGAUUUUUACCUCUGUAGCCAUGCUGGAAUACAGGGUACCAGCCGUCCUUCCCACUAUCAUGUUUUAUGGGAUGAUAACUGCUUUACUGCAGAUGAACUUCAGCUGCUAACUUACCAACUCUGCCACACGUAUGUGCGCUGUACACGGUCUGUUUCUAUACCUGCACCAGCGUAUUAUGCUCACCUGGUGGCAUUCCGAGCCAGAUAUCAUCUCGUGGACAAAGAACAUGACAGUGCUGAAGGAAGUCAUGUUUCAGGACAGAGCAAUGGGCGAGAUCCUCAAGCUCUUGCCAAGGCUGUACAGAUUCACCAAGAUACCUUACGCACAAUGUACUUUGCUUAAAGAGUCCAAGUAUAUUUUCUGAGAGGAAAAACUGAAUUGACAUACGCUAUAUGUUUCCAGUAAAGUCAAUUGAGUAGGGAGCGACGCCUCCAGCCGUACAGAAACCAACACUGUGUCGGGCCAGGGUCUGAUCCUUCUGGUGAUACAAGGAAGAGUGUCUGCUUCAUCAAGGAGGUCGGCACCAUUAUGCAAUAUGAAACCAGCCACUGCUUUUUGUGCAGUCUCUGUAGGAAGUAUUGCGAUUGUUUUGUUUUCACUUCUUAUAGUCUAACCCUUUUAAUGCCUUUACCUCAAGUUGCUUGGCAGCACAACUAUCUUUGCAAAAAAAAGUAAGAAAAUGUAAAUGAUGGUUUAAAAAACACACACCUAUGUGAAUAAUCAAAAUGAUUGUUCACAAUUAUGUGUGCAAAAAAAUUAAUGUGCACUCAUAUAUUCUUGUAAAAGGAGUCUGUAUUUUUAAAAUAUAUACAUGUAUACUUCAUGUGCAUAUAUAUCUGGGUCUAGAUUGAUAAUAGAUAUAUAUGUAUCUGUGUAUAUAUUUUAUAGUUCAUUCCAUUGGGAAACUAUCUUUCCCUUUAUUCUUGCCUCACUACCACCUUUAUUUCUCUGACAUCCCUUGCCUUCAUCACCUAUAUUUUUUAUCCUAAUGCCACCAGUGACAUUCAAAUGUUCAUAUAUCUAAUUCAUUUGAAUGUGAAGCAUAGCAAACUAGAUUUCUAUUUUUAUUUUGCACAUCCUUUUCCUGUCUCCUAUCUCAUACACAGUUUUGAGUCCUCAACUCCUGAUAGUGCUUUCUUAAGAAACAGAAUUAUUUUAUAUCUAUCUAUCUAUAUAUACAUAUAUAUAAUGUUUUGGUGAGAUUGUGUGUCUCCUGUCUGAACUGAACAUUUGCCACUUGUGCAAUGUGUACAUAAGCAGUAGCAAUCUAAUAUUCUUUUUCUUUAGCAAGUUUGUUAAAGCUGCUAUAAAUAUGAAACCUUGUCAGAAGUUGUAACUGUUUCUCUCUGAUAAGUGGUAUCUAUUCUAAAGCCUUCUGUUUCUUUGGGAUAGACAUGGAAAUCCCUUAAAGCUUUUAUAAAGGAUAAAUAUUUUAAAAGAUUGGAACUCUGUAGGGUUGAGGCCUCUGAAAUUGGGUAGAGAAAGAGAAGAGGCUAUGGAAUUUUUGUUUUGUUUUGAUUCACUUUUUGCUAGGUAACUUGCUGCGUCUCAUACCUUAAUGUGAUUUUCAUAUAUAUAUUUUUAUAUAUAUAUGUAUAUAUAUAAACAUAUAUGUAUGUGUUUUGAAGUAUAGCUUCCUUUUCUUUUGUAUUUAUUAGAAUAGUGCUUUAAUAAUUACAGAACCAUAUUAACAUCUUUUAUAGAAAUAUAAUCAUGUUUAUUUUAAGAACUGACAACUUGUUUUUGCUGCCUUUUAGUGCAAUAAGCAGUUUUAAAAGUUGUGUCUUUUUGACAUCUCUACCAUGGAUAAUGGGAGGAAUAGGCACCUCCGUAAUUUUACAAGGGCAAAGUAAUACAGCCUUAAUUUCAGAAGGAAAGUUUUCUAAUUUUCAGUUUUAAAGCAUAUCUUUUAAAAAUCAUAAUGAAAAUGAAGGAAGUGAAAUUUCUUGACUGAGAUCAUGUUUAUUGAAGAACUGUACUGGCUAGGUGCCAAUUUUUACUUACUAAAAUGAAUCAGAAAAAUGAAUGAUGAUAUUUUAAGUUUUUUGCUGAUUUACUACUGGUAUGACUUUCCUUUUAAAAUUAAGGUGAUACUGGCGAAGGAAGUCAGGACUUUGAUCGUUUUAAAUGAUUUAAUCACUGAAGUGUGGGGGCAAAUUUUACAGUCUGUUGAUUUCACUUUAAGAUAUUAAAAGUACUAAAAAGCUGUCAAAACUAACUUUAUCAAGAACAUUGGAUUCAGGGGAGCUUUGCACUUUGUAACUCAUGAAAAUUACAUUUUGACUUUUUUUUUUUGCACUGGUUAAGAGUGUAAAUACUACAGAUUAUUUCCAGUGGGCAUUGUUGUUAGCCUCUCAGAAUUCCAUCUGCACAUGAAAACUAAUGGAUUUAGAUCUUUAGUUUGUCUCUUACUUGUAAUCCACUAAUAUUGCCAAUUUACUGUAUUUUGAGCCUAAAAUCUGAGCCCAUGUCCUCCAACAGGCAUGAAAUCUUUUGGCCCAAUGCCAGAAAACUAAGAAAGUACUGUAUUUUGUAUGUUUAUUAUUUUUGAAGUGUCUGAAAUGAAAUUUACAACACUGUUGCAAAGCACUUUACAUAAUAAUAUUUAUAUAGUAUAUACUUUUUUUUCUCCCAGCCUUCUGCCUCCUUCUCAAAAAAAAAUUCCUUUAAAACAUGUUUGUUUUCUUACAUUGAAACUUCACUGAAUACAGUCAGGAACAUGGGCUAGAGAAGACAAUAGUGUAUCCUGGGUGAAAUAAGUUUGGUCUAUGCUUGCUCGGAAUGAGUAAAACAUCUUCCUAUAUCCAUGGGAGCUGUAUAGACUCGUUGGGAAGCUUCAGGGAGCAACUGUAGAUACCCUCUCACUACUCCCUGCUGAACCUAAUCUGCAGCCACUUAGUCUCAUAUGUGCUAGAGUGAAGCCCUUAAUUUAAAUGUACUUGGAGGGACUUUUUUAAGAGGAAAAGUAUUUUUUCUAAAAUAUAAAGCUUUACCUUUUGAGUGAUUUCUUUUUUAGAGUGUCUUACACUAUCCAACACUGCUAGUUUAAGGUUGAUUAACUUGAAAGAAUAUGU